UGAACUCCCGACACGCUCGUCAGUGUGUGUAAGUGUAGCCAUGCUGCCCCACUCUGUGCUCCUCCUGCUGCUGUGUGUGACCCGACUGCUUACCCCCUGCCCUGCCCUGCCCUUUGAGCAGAAGGGAUUCUGGGACUUUGGGAUGGACAGUGACAUCGGGGAGCUAAUGAAGAUGAUGAGGGAUGAAGAGGAAGGGUCUGCCGUGGAGGAACUGCCCCAUCCGAAACACGAGUCCACCUGCCCCUUUGGGUGCCAGUGUCACCUGCGUGUGGUGCAGUGCUCUGACUUGAGUCUCACUGCUGUCCCGUAUGAUAUCCCCUCCGACACCAGGCUGCUGGAUCUGCAGAACAACUACAUCACUGAGCUGAGAGAGAAUGACUUCAAGGGACUCAGCAACCUCUAUGCCCUGGUUCUGAGGAAUAAUCAGAUCUCCAGGGUCCACCCCCGGGCCUUCGCCCCCCUCCAGCGUAUGCAGAAGCUCUACUUCUCCCACAACCACCUGACGGCCGUGCCCAAAAACCUGCCCGCUUCCCUGGAGGAGCUGCGUAUCCAUGACAACCACAUCCGGAAGGUCCCCGAGGGCGCCUUUGGCAACCUGAGGAACAUGAACUGCAUUGAAAUGGGAGGAAACCCUCUUCAGAACAGUGGCUUCGAACCUGGAGCUUUUAAAGGACUCAAGCUGAGCUACCUUCGCAUCUCUGAGGCUAAACUGACUGGGGUUCCCAAAGACCUCCCUGAAAGUCUGAAUGAGCUUCAUUUGGACCACAACCAGAUUCAAGCCAUAGAGCUGGAGGACUUGAGCCGCUACAGAAACCUGUACAGACUGGGCCUGGGCUUUAACCAUAUUCGGAAUAUUGAAGCCGGCAGUUUGCAUUACCUGCCUUACCUGAGAGAACUGCACCUGGACAACAACCGACUCAACAACGUUCCUGCAGGCCUGCCAGAAAUGAAGUACCUCCAGGUGGUGUAUCUCCAUGCCAACAACAUCAGCCGCAUCGACAUCAACGACUUCUGCCCCCUGGGGUUUGGCAUGAAGAGGACUUUCUACAACGGCAUCAGUCUCUUCUCCAACCCCAUUAACUACUGGGAGGUGCAGCCCGCCACCUUCCGCUGCGUUAGCGACAGCCUCGCCAUUCAGUUCGGCAACAACAGGAAGUAGAGGGAGAGAGAGAGAGAGAGAGAGAGAGAGAGAGAGAGAGAGAGAGCAGGAAAGAGUGCAAAAGACAGAAGAAAGGGAGGGAGAGCAAAAGACAGAGACAAGCGAGAGAGGAGAAACUAAAUUUCCACAAUUCAAGGUUUAAAAACACACGUGUCAAGCCUCACAGAGGGAGUAUUGGUGAUGGAGGAAGAACUAGUGUCUUGUGAUUUUUUAUCCAUUUCUGUGAAAUUUACAGAAAAACAGAAACGUGAGGAAAUUGGGAUGGGGCAGAGAUGUUUAACUAAACAAAAAUGGGAGGAUGUACCAAAUGCUCAAUGAUAUGAACAAUCAAUCAAUGAUUGUGUUCUGUUAUAGAGAGAAAAUCAUUUUGAUUUGUCCAAAGAAAUCAGUGGUGUACAACUUAUGGUGGCUCCACCAAUUAUGGGGGUCAUGAAACCUCACUCUCAUAUCACUAUGGAGAACUUGUGUCCUCUCCAUCCUUUAAAUAACUUUUUUUAAAUGAUUAUUUUCUUUUGGUCAAUGCAGUCAUACCCCGUGAAAACUGCAUUUGUGAUUCCCUGUUCCACCUAAUCAAACUGACAACCACACACAACAUUCAGAAACUUGUCAUUCCAGAAAAGCAUUACAGAUUUAUUCAUUUAACAAAUUCUGAUGCUGUGACACUUUUUUCCCCCAUAAACCUUUUAAUGAAUACUGUUGCUGUUGUGUUCGUUUUUGUCACUGUUGUUAUAGUCUUGAAAUGAUCACCAUUGUUAUUAGAAUUAUAAACAGCACAAUUGUUAUUAAUUAUUUUGUUAUGGCAAAAUUUUGCUCAUCGAGGAACUCUCAUGAAAAGGAGUGCUCGAAAAAAAAGCAUUUCAUCACUAUUACUGUCAGCUUUUCUUAAAGCAUUGUGUUUUGGUGAAGCACUUUGAAAAUGACUUAAUUUUUUAUUUUUGCAAACAAAUUUAUUUCAGAGAGGGGUCCGGGGUAGGGAGUGUCAGCUCCUAGCUGAAGGAAUGGAAUUAAUAGCUAGGCUAACAUCCGAUGUCCUGGGACUAAGCAACAAGACUCAUCUCCCAGGACUCAUUUGCUUUUAAGUACUGCAGAAUUGCAGAAAAUAAUGCCUGACUUGUGCUGUAAUGAAAGUAGCAGAUACAUCUUUUUCAUUAAUUUGCUGAAAAUGCUUUUCCGUUGUGGAUGACUGGCUGUACGCUUUUUUAUGUUGAGGAUCACAGACCCUUCUGCAAACCCUGUACCCUGCCAUGUUUUCAAUGUUUGUCUUUUCUGUUGCAUGUGAAAAUAAAGAUUCAGCUUCAAUUCA